CACCAAAACAUAUGACUUCUGCGAGGUGUCGGAAAACAAGUCCUUGCCCUGAAACCAAACCAAACUUCUGAUUUUCGGCCAGAGACGGUCACUAGCAGAGCCGCAACAAUGAACUACAAGUACUAUGACACUCCGCAGGGCAAGGACUGUGACAAGAAGCUGCUCUUCUCCACCAAAUAUGCAGCUGCCGCCUCAGCGGUGUACACCUUCUACGAUGUGCUCUUCAUCUCCGAUAUCAAAGGCUAUGGACCUACGAUGGCCAGGUUCGCAUUCAAUGCCUUUCCCUUCGUUGGUGGUGCCGCUGCCUUCACAGCUGUGACCUGUUUGUCGGCGAACGUGCGCAAUAAGGACGACUACUGGAACUAUGUCCUUGGUGGCUUCUCGGCUGGAGGAGUCAUGGGCGCUUGGAGGCAGAAGGUUGCUGUUGGAUUGGGCUCCGGUGCCCUCCUCUGCCUUGCAGGGCUGGUGCUGCACACAUCAGUUGUUGAGGGAUGGGAUUUCUUCCCCAAGAACCCAGCCCCUCCAAUGGUGUCAUCUGAUCCCACCGACUUUAAGAACGACUAUUCCUUUAUCAAGAACGAUGGGAAGAGAAAUUGGGUGAAGCAGUAGAAGCCUUCCGUUUGAAUGAUAAAUUAUGUAGAUGUAAAUAUGAUUGAAGUAAAAAAAAAUCUGUUAAGGAAAUUA